GCUUUACGGCUCUAGAGCUUCACGUCUCGGCAAACAUGGAGGCAGAGAAGUCGGAGAAGGAACCGGUAGAGCGGGAGACUCUGGAAGGCGGAGAUCGGGAACCAGAGGCGGCAGAGGAGCAGGAGGAAUCCCGAGAGGCGGCUGGCGGCGCCAAGAAGCGGGUGGUGCCGGGCAUUGUGUACCUGGGCCACAUCCCGCCCCGCUUUCGGCCUCUGCACGUGCGGAACCUAUUCAGCGCCUACGGCGAGGUGGGGCGCGUCUUCUUCCAGCCCGAGGAGGGGUUCGUGCGGCGGAAGAAGAAGGCAGCGGCAUCCUCGGCCGCCGGAGGGAAAAAGCGAUCCAAGUACAGCAAGGACUACACCGAGGGCUGGGUGGAGUUCCGGGACAAGCGCAUAGCCAAGCGUGUGGCCGCCAGCCUGCACAACACGCCCAUGGGUGCCCGCAGGCGCAGCCCUUUCCGUUAUGACCUGUGGAACCUCAAGUACCUGCACCGUUUCACCUGGUCCCACCUCAGCGAGCAUCUUGCCUUUGAGCGCCAGGUGCGCAGGCAGCGCCUGAGAGCAGAGGUCGCCCAGGCCAAGCGUGAGACUGACUUCUAUCUUCGAAGUGUGGAGCGGGGGAAGCGCUUCCUUGCGGCUGAUGGGGACUCCGCCCGCCCGGAUAGCUCCUGGGCCUUUGCCCAGCGUCCUACUGAGCAGGAGCUGAGGGCCCGGAAGGCAGCUCGGCCAGGGGGUCGUGAACGGGCUCGACUAGCUAAUGCUCAGGACCAGGCCCGCUCUAACCGAGGGCUCCUGGCCAGGAUCUUUGGAGCCCCACCGCCCUCAGAGAGCAUGGGGGGACCCUCGGUGGUCAGGGACUCUUGAGGGGCAGGGAGACCCCUUCAUCCCCUACCUAACCCAGCCCAGAGCUCUGUCUACCUGAUAAUGGCUUGUGGUCUCUCAGACCAGGAGUCUCUGGUGAGUAUCCAGGCAUGGUUUUGUGGGCCUUGCCCUCCAGCUCCAUCCAUGCCAGGCUGAAGCACCUAAUUCAUACACGUAGCGUGAUUAUGACUCCUGCAGGUGCUUGUUUUGUCUCAUUUGAUUCUUGGCUGCCUGCUUCUGCCCAUUGCUGCGCUCUGCAAACCCCACUUCCUGAGCCCAGGAGAAGCCUUACACCCAGGAGGCCACGGGUACGGGCAGCAGCGACGGCCUUUCGUUUAGGAAAGAUUCACGGGGAUGGGGCUUAAUGGGGUGGGACUGGCUGGGGAACCAUCUUCCAAAUGUAUUUAUAGAAAAGUGUGUGUUUGAUACAGCGUUGGACUCGGGGGACAGUCAUUAGAUAACUUAAAACUUCCAUCUCCUGUGUCCCAUGGACUCAACUGCACUCCAUCUGCUCUGGUCUCAGAAUUCAUUGAACCUGGACCCCUUUCUAUCUGCCUUAUUAAUUUUUUAGCCCAUUUUGUCAGUUACCUCACUAUUUGCUGAGGCACUGGAUGAGCAUGUGAGCAACAGCACGUAACACAUGGUCCUUGGCAUUGAGAGGCGUCUGGACCGCUAGGAAAGGGGUGAUGUUUCAGGGAUAAAUGUGCAGAGGUGCCUCUGGCCUUGUGGUGGACGUGUGGUGUGUAAGGGGUGGAGUGGGGUUGUGGGAGGGUUGGUGACACCAAAUGGAAUGUGAAAAAAGCAUUUUUUUACCAAGUUUUCCAAGUCCUUCCUGAAAGGUGAACAGAAGUCUGAAGAGCCUGGUGAACUACAGUUGGAAACAAAGUUCCUUGGAUGGAGUGUUGGAUUGGAACCAUUUCAAAGGUGUGGGCACUGUGAUUCCUUCAGGUGCACCUCUGUGUUAGGGCUAAGACAGGAGGGCCACAGACAACACGCAGAUCAGCCCAGAGACAGUCGGUGUAAACCGCUGACGUCUAAAAGGGUGUCACCGUAGCGAAGAAGUCAGCACGCCGCCUCAUAGAGACUGGACUCUGGUCAGAAUCCAGAUACCAUAACUGGACAAAUGUGGUAAAAGAUCGAAGUUUAACUAAAUUUAAUAGUAAUGAAAAAAAACCUUUAGUAAUCCAGUAAUAAAAAUGUUUCUUUGACCAAAUGAGGGGCAUCCAGAUCAUGUUACAAAUCUCAAAAUUAAUUGUGAAGCUUUAAAAUAUUCUAAUUAAAAUCAAGAAUGAAGGGAGAUUAUUACAACUAUUCAUACACUUUUCAAGAAAUCCUGGUGAUUCAGAGAUGAAAAUGAAAACAAAAGAAAAAAAAAGAAAUUGAUAUUAUUUGCAGCUAAUAUUUCAACAUGUCUCCAGAAGAUUGGUUUUGUUGCUUAUUUGCACGUUAACUACAUAAAAAAAGUAGCAUCCUGGUGCACCAGGUAAGAUGCCACCUACACGAAAGACUACAUUCAAAUAGGAACCUGUGGGCAACGAGCAUAGCAGAUGCUCCCAACAGCUGUACAGGACUGGGCGAGCAUUCACUGCCGUUGUAUGGACAUCAACCCGAAUUUGCACCAGUAAGGGCAUGGGUAAGUCGAUGCUAUGUAGUAGAGUGCUGUACAAGUGUUUAAAAGUUUACUUGAACAACAGGUUCAUUUUUUAAAAAGAUGCAAGUUUAAGAAGUCUGUGAACAGUGUAGUAUCUGACAUACUGAGCGUAAGUAUCUUCGUAGGAUUCCUGUACCUACAUACUCAGUGAAAUAUGCCAUUUCUGGGACUGGUAACCAGGGUGGCAGAAAGCCGAGGUGAGCGGGGCGUCUGGAGAGUCCCAUGGAGGGCGUCCCAUGGAGGGCAUCAGCUCUGGCUGGAAUUUAUUUUCAUUAAAAACAGGUGGCAGGGGACAGAAUGUUACGGUACAAUCUUUAACUUGAAUACUCACAUACGUCAUUUUGUGCUAUUUGUCAAUUACAGUAUUUUACAAUAAUUUUUAAAUGAGCUAUUGCCAGGAAUAAAAUAUUUUUAUUUACUGUUUAUCCAGUGCCUAAAUGAAACUUCAUUAGAUGAUUCAGUUGGUUACUUGGUCUGUAAAACCGGGGAAGAUCCUAGUCUGACUCAGUGAACAC